UGAGUGAUUAUUAUCUGUGCUUGACUUGGUCUUGCUUGACUCACAUACUACACAAUUUGUUUAUAGAUUUUGGUUUCUGGGAGUUCUAGUAGAUUUGUUGCAAAUUAAGUGCCUUGAAUUUAAGUGGUUAUCAUUAUUUGCUUUACAAAUGUAGUUAGUAAACAGAGCUUAAGGUAUAAAGUUUACAAUGAAUGGAUCCAAUAACAUUGUGACACAUACUUCGGAGUUAAGGGGUCACAACAAUGAUUUGAAGCAAAGCAAUUCUUCAAUAAAAGUAGAAAGAAAUAAAGCCACAGGAUCUAGGGAAAAUGGUCGUGAUAAUACUGAAGAUUUGCUGGAUCUCAAAGGAAAAGUGGAAUCGCGGCUUUUGUCUAUGUGGAAUAACGUAAAAUUUGGAUGGACUGUGAAAAUGAAGACAAGUUUUUCUAAAGAAUCCCCUGUGUGGUUGCUGGGACGCUGCUACCACCGUAAAUUAAGUCCCACAGGAUCUUUGGAAUCUUCCACUGAAAUCGGCACUGAAGCUACAGCUCAUCAACCCAUGGAACAAAUAUAUGGCGAAGGUAUAGAGGGUUUUAAAUCAGACUUCAUAAGUAGGAUAUGGAUGACAUAUCGAAGAGAAUUUCCCACAAUGUCAGGCUCAACAUUUACUACAGACUGUGGUUGGGGUUGCAUGCUUCGUAGUGGACAAAUGCUGUUGGCACAAGCAUUAGUGUGUCACUUCCUUGGCCGUUCAUGGAGAUGGACUCCAGAGAAACUGAUACAAAAUGCUAGAGAAUUUCAGGAGGAUUGCCUUCAUCGCAUGAUCAUUAAAUGGUUUGGAGAUAAAUCAUCUGUGAAUAGUCCGUUAUCUAUUCAUCAGAUGGUGAAACUAGGAGAGGCACUAGGCAAAAAGCCUGGAGACUGGUAUGGACCUGCUUCAGUAGCUCACUGCCUAAAAGCUGUUAUGACAGCUGCUGCAAUUGAAAAUUAUGAAUUUGAUAAUUUAGAAGUAUAUGUUGCUCAAGAUUGUACAGUUUAUAUCCAAGAUAUAUACACACUCUGUACUAUGCCUAAUGGAGCAUGGAAAUCAUUAAUACUAUUAGUACCUGUUAAGUUAGGUUCAGAUAAGUUAAAUCCUAUUUAUGGUCCUUGCCUUACAUCAUUAUUAACCCUGGAUUUCUGUAUUGGGAUCAUAGGCGGCAGACCAAAACAUUCAUUGUACUUUGUGGGCUAUCAAGAUGAUAGAUUAAUUCACUUAGACCCUCAUUAUUGCCAAGAGAUGGUAGAUGUGUGGCAACCAAACUUUUCCUUACAAUCUUUUCACUGCCAUUCUCCACGUAAAAUGCCUUUGAAUAAAAUGGAUCCAUCAUGUUGUAUUGGUUUUUAUCUGGCCACACAAAAUGACUUUGAAACUUAUGUAAACAUAAUAAUGUCAUUUCUAGUCCCACAAGGUGUAUCUGCAAACUUUGAGUACCCGAUUUUCUCUCUUAAUAAUGGAUCUUGUCGUAGCGUUGUAGAUCCACCAAACAUCAGGUAUUCUAUCUAUGAAACUGAGCAAAACUGGGUCACUCCUAGUACACAUGAUUGUGAUACAGACAUUGAGUCCGAGGAAUUUGUGUUGGUUUAAGCUUGUGACUGUAACUUGUUAUCUGGCAAUUGCAAUCUAGCAUGAAAAAGAAAAAAUUACAUCAAGUUGCAUCUAUCUGAUAUUUAAUAAUUACAUGCAUAUCUCAAACCUUUAGGGGGCUUUGUGUAUGAUAUCACUGGCAAAUGUUAUCUGACAUACUGUACCUGGUUCUUACAGUGGCUCAAAAUAUUUGAGUUUAGAAAUUAGUAGUAAAUUUGGUCCUAUAGACAUGUAUCUACUAGUGUAAUGAAAAAUAAAAUAAUUUAUGCUAUUUUAAUCUGUUAUAAAAUGUAAUUAGUAUUCUAGUUUUAUUUUGUAUUUAAAUGUUUGUUAUAUUUUCAUUCCAGAUAUCUUGGAAAAAAUAAAUGUAGGUAUCUCAUUUUUUAGGAACUUUGACUGAUACUUUCUAAUAAUCUUUAACUUUAUUGAUCUCCAGUUAAAGUUACUGCAGGGUAAAAUCAUUUGAUAAUGGCCACAACUAAGAACCAAAAAUUUCUUAAGCAUAUGGACAUAAUUGUACUUAAUUGAUUUUCAGCUUUCUGAAUUUGCAAAAUACUGUUAUAAUUCUUUGAAAAAAAGAAAAUAAAACAAUUUAACAUAA